AUGUCACGUAUUGCUACACAUGCCGGAUCCUGGUAUUCAUCAUCACCAACCCAACUCCAUAAUGAACUUACUCAAUAUCUCGACCAAGCCUGUACUAAACAUAAAUAUCCAAUUCAUAAAUCACAAAUAUGUGUAUCGCCACAUGCUGGCUACACAUAUUGUGGUCCCACUAUGGCACAUUCCUUUGCGUCCUUAGAUCUUAAUCAUGAGGAUACAUUACCGUUACGAUUUUUCAUCUUGGGACCAUCACAUCAUUUUUAUUUUAGAAAUACUGUAAUGUUGUCAUCGUUUGAUGAAGUUGAUACACCGUUUGGUUCAUUAAAAAUUGAUCAACCAUUAUGUAAAGAGUGGGAUGAAGGUAAAGAUACCUCUGCAAUGUUUGAUCUAUUGACUUCUGAAGAUGACGAAGCUGAACAUUCUUUAGAGAUGCAAUUUUCAAUGUUAUAUGCGACAUUAAAAUAUCGUAAGAUUCAAGAUAUUUCUAAAAAUGUUAAGAUUAUACCAAUGAUGAUAUCAAAUAAUAAUGAUAAUAUCAAUGAUAAAUUAAGUGAAAUAUUGUUUAAAGAAUUUAAUAAUUUAAAAUAUCAUAAUUAUAUUAUUAUAAGUAGUGAUUUUUGUCAUUGGGGUAAACGAUUUGGUUAUACAGCAUAUGCAUCCGAUGAAGAAGACAUCAAGGAGACAAUGUCUGAACAAGGUGGUGAUGAUCUUGAAUUAUUAACUUCAAGAAGUAAAUUAGAUCAUCAUGGUAUAAAAAUUUGGGAAUCAAUUAGUUUAUUAGAUCAUUUUGGAAUGAAUAUUUUAAAAGAAAUGAAUUAUAAUAAAUGGAAAUUAUAUCUUGAUGCCACUGGGAAUACUAUAUGUGGACAACAUCCAUUAAAAUUAUUAAUUAAAAUGAUUGAAAAUACAAAAAAUUUAAAAAAAUACGAAUGGCAUUGGUUAAAUUAUUCACAAAGUAGUCAUGCUCAAAAAAUUACAGAUAGUAGCGUUAGUUACUCAUCUGGAUGUAUAACAAUUAUGUAG